AACUUGGAAUGUUCCAAAAGGUGAGAGGUCACAAAGAUGGCGUCCAUCGACAACAAAUGUGACACGGUUUCGUCUUUCUAGGAGUAUCGCCAACGGUAGAUCUUUUGUGAUCUAGCCAGAGCCUGGAAGCCACAGUUUGCCUCUUGGAAACACGGUUUGUGUGAUAUUAGACAUGAGCGGCGGGCUGGCCCCCAGUAAGACCACAGUCUACGUGUCCAACCUGCCGUUUGCCCUCACCAACAACGAUCUGCACAAGAUAUUUGAGAAGUAUGGCAAGGUGGUCAAGGUGACAGUUAUGAGAGACAAGGUCACCAGGCAAAGUAAAGGAGUGGCCUUUGUGCUGUUCCUGAAGAGAGAAGAGGCACACGCCUGUGUCCGAGCACUCAGUGGGAAAGUGUUAUUUGGGCGCACCAUCAAAUGCAGCAUGGCCAAAGACAAUGGACGGGCUUCAGAGUUCAUCCGACGGAAAGUCUACAAGGACAAGAGCCAGUGUUACGAGUGUGGGGAAGAAGGCCACUUGAGCUAUGCAUGUCCAAAGAACACUCUGGGUGAAAGAGAACCUCCACCAAAGAAGGAGAGGAAAAGGAAGAAGUCUCAAAUGCCGGAAGAAGAACAGGUGGAGGAGGAAGAGGAGAGUGAUGAGGGGGAGGACCCUGCCCUGGACAGCCUGGGGGCUGCCAUCAGAUAUGAGCAAGCCAAGAUUGAGGAAGAAGAGUACAGAUACAGAGUGGCUACAGGCAGUUACGCUGAGGCCAGCACUUCACAAGCUGAUCAGGACACAAAGAAGAAAAAGUUCAAGAAAGAUGAAUAUUUCAGUGAUGAAGAGGAUAUCAGUGAUCAUGAUUAGAAAUCAUUUUAGAUACGUUUUACCUUCGAUAUUUUGAAUUGACUAUAGCAGGCUGUAUUUUUAAGGAGACAAUUGUUAUUAAG